GUUAGAACAAUUUUCAUCCACAUAUGCACCCAUGAGCAUUCAUUUGUCUUGGGAAGAAAUAUUACAGAUUUAGGAUUUGUCAUUUCCUUUGUUUUCAGAAUAUGAACGGUUAUGACACUGGGAAUUAUAGAAAUUGUUGAAUAUUGCACUGUGUCCAGUCAGUUAAGUUAGAUCAUGUGUAAUUGCUCAGGUUUUUUUUUUAAUUUUGAAAUAUGUCAGUGUAGAAGACAUGCAGGACAAAAGGAGAGAUGAAAUAAAACUUGGAGCACGUGAAAAGCAGUGGCAAAGGAAGCGAUCGCUGCACAAAGGCUGACUGUGUAGCUGAACUGGUGAAUGUGACCUUGAGAAGUCAAAGUGAAGGUGUCUGUUUUAGUUAAGUGUGUGUUUGAAUAUUGUGGAGGCCAUCAAAGUGCACACAGCUACUAGAGAAACUUUUCCAUGGUGUUCUGCUUUUAUGCCCAACUUUUCUGAUGGUAACCUAUGAAAAAGUUUAGUAUAGCAAGCCUGUUAAAAAUCAAUGUCAUGUGCCAUCAUAUUGCAAAUCUAUUUAAUUUUCAACCUUUCUUCCCCUUCCCCCCCAUUUGUUCUGUAGAAGCAAAGGAAGAAUGGAUUCAACAAAGGUUCGCGAGCCAUCAUUUUUGGAAUCUCAUGAUCACGUUCUUUUGGAUAUUCCUGUCACUAGAGAGCAGAUGAAUCACUAUCGAGCUGCAGCUGAAGCUGCUCAAAGUGAACUUGCAGCACUUUCAGUGAAGUAUGAUUGUGCCGAGUCAGAGCUUCUUGAACUCAGGUCCAGCAUAAUCUCUAAAGAAGCUUCUUUUCAAGAGGUGAAGGCUGAAGCUGAAAGCUACAAGGAAAACAAUGCUAGACAGAAGUCUCGCCUCCUGUCUUUGCAAACACGAAUCCAGGAGAUGGAGGAAGAGCUGUGUGUGCUCGCCACUUCUAAAAACCAGGCUGAGCUGACAGCUCAGGUGGCAUAUAAGGAAAACUGGGAGCUGAAGGAGGAGCUGCACAAUCAAAAUACCAAACUUAAUAAAUAUUGGAAUAACAGUGAAGAAAACAUGACUCAAGCUUCUAAAAUCAGCAGGAAGUAUGAAGAGCUCCUUACACAGCUUUCUGGAUUCUUGGACACAGACAUCAGAGAAAAAGAGAAACCAGAAGAACAUUUAAUGUCGAAGGUCUCUGAAAUAUGUAAAGAAAAUCUGACACUAAAAGACCAGGUUGCUGCUCUUCAAGAAGCUGUGAAUGUCCAUGAGAUGGAGUCUAAAGCUAGCAGAGAAACUAUCAUGAGGCUAGUUUCAGAAGUGACAAAGGAGCAAAAAAAGGUGGCAGGAUACUAUCAAGACAUGGAAAAACUUAGUAAGGAUCUUGACAGCGCUACAAUAGAGAGACAGAGUUUAGAGAUGGAGAUCAGAAACCUCCAAGAUAAACUGACUGUUAACCAGAAAGCCUUGGACACCUCAAAGAGGGAACUGCACAGUCUGAAGAAAUCUUCUGCUGAGUUAGAUGGAAGCUUGAAGAGCAGCAGAGCAGAAGCCAGGACUGCUUGGAGCUCUUUAGAGGCUUUUAAAGAACAAAUUGCUACCCUGCUCAGCAGUGGAUCUGCAAUAGUUGAACCAUCUGAGAAGGCCAUUUUGGAGAGAAUUCGAGAAAUAAAUUGUAAAGAGGAGAGUAAACAAAUAAUGGUAUCUCAACUUGAAACCCAAAUCGCUAAAUUGACUGAAGCUUUGGAAAAUCAGACCAGAUUGUACCACAAAGCUCUGGAGAGGAGCAGGAAAGCUGAAAAAUGUUCUGAGAGUUUCCAGGAUCAAUUGAAACACUUGGAAGAAGAAUUACUUACUAUAGAUCUGAUGCAGGAUGGUUUGAAGCUUGAGAAACAAAAAUAUCUGAAAUUUCUGGAGCAACUGAACGAGAAGAUGAAGCUGGAUAGUCUAGCAGCAGAGUUUGGAUUUGAAAUGAAUAUGGAUGCGAUUCUAGCCCGGGUAGAGCAGUUAGUGAAACUGGAAGGUGAUGCAGUGGUUGAAAACAAGACUGUGGCACACAGCCUCAGAAGGAAGUUGAAGACUCAGAAGGAAAAACUUGAAAGCAAAGAGCUUCACGUGAACCUUCUGCGGCAGAAAGUAACCCAGCUGGAAGAAGAGAAGCAAAUCAGGACUGCCUUAGCUGUGGAAAGGGAUGAGGCCAAUCUUGCUGUCAGAAAUUUACAUAAGAUGAUAGAGAGGUUACAGAAGCAGCUCGAUGUGGCAAGGGAAACGAAUACUGAUCUCAAAGCCAAGCUGUCUGAAACCAAUGAACUUAAGAUCAAAACUUUGGAGCAGAACAGAACAAUAGAAGAACUCAAUAAGUCUCAAGGCAAAUUGGAAAGAAUGAAAGAAAAAGCUGAGAAACAACUUAGAUCUGUCAAAUCAGAACUUCUUUUAAGGGAACGUAAAGCUACUGAAGAUAAAGAAAAAAAUCAAAAUACAUUAGAAGCAGUUACCAGUGAAAUGAAGGUGCUUAAAACAACCCUUGCAGAACUAGCAGAAAGAGAGAGACAGCUGGCAGAUUUCCGAGAGGUGGUCUCACGGAUGCUGGGCCUCAACAUUGCCAGCCUGGCUCUUCCUGACUAUGAAAUCAUUACAUGUCUUGAUGAGUUGAUUCACUCUUAUCAGCACCACUGCUUCCCCUGUGUCUGCCUCAAAGACGUGGCAAGGGCACCAGAGGAGCAGCAAAGAAAUGUACAGCUUCUUCACUGAAAGGAGACAGAACAAAGUAAAAUUUUCUUUUUGCUUAAGGCCUUACCUGCUACACAUCCACAGAAAAGAGAUACUUAUUUCUAUUCCCUACUCUACAGACACCGACUAGGGCUGAUUUUUAGAAUUUCAAUAGGGAGACUGAACCAAAUAGAUAGAGUAAAGCCAGGAGCCUAGAGAUGGCAAAGAGAAAAUCUCUGGGCAGCACAAUGCUUCAGUUAUGAAAAUGAUAGGCCCUUCAGUUAUGAUCAACGAUACCCUCUCGUUUCAUUGCAGAGGCACUGAAGUCAUGAGCCACCCAAGGUCAGUUCACAGUUUUGGGAAGCACUUGAGAAGUUAGUGAAUGUCCACUUUAGUCUCAUUCCUUCUGAUUUGCCUCUGGGUGUCAAGGAUAAAAUAAAGCAGGGGUUGUCAUGCUGCUGUUUCUCUUGACAAAUGGGACCUCUCUGUGUUUUUACACAUAAAGAUUUUAGCUUCAAGAUAGUUAUCUGGAAGUUAGAGGAUUAUCUCAAUUUUUGAACACGGGAUUUUUUUUUUCUUACUUCUGUUGUUUUCCUUUGUCUGCGCUUGUGCCAAAACAAGAAGUUUUGCAGCAAAGGCUUUUUCACAGGCUCUUGUCACGUGCCUGAUAUAGAUAUAUUUGGUAAAAUUGAAUGGUGACCUUGGUCAUGAUGCCUUGAAAAUUUUUCUUCUAGCUGCUGUAUUCCUUGGGCAAUUAAUCCACAGGCCAAAUAAAUGGUGAUUGUUCUGAGUUAAGGAAAUUUUAUAAUUGUAAAAUGCUUGUCCAUUACAGAAAAUAUGUGAAUUACUAAAGUCUUUAUUUUCAGAGAAGCAAUGGUGAGGUGUACAGAACUACCUCUUAAUCAUAAAAACUGCUUUCUAUCACCUUUUCUGAGUGUUAUUAAACUUUAUGAUUUUUUAAAAGAAGUAUGAACAGUAAAUCUGUUUUCAUAGCACACUCAACUUCAUUCUGUGUUUUUAGUUUUUUCUUCCCAUUAUAUGUUUUGUAUGGAUGUGUAGAACAAUAAAGAAGACUAAUCUAUUUAUGUCUGACCAUUUGUGGGCUUUCUACAGUAUCUCAGCAAAUGAUAACCCACUCAGUAAAACUGAACACACUAUUUUAGGAAAAAUUACACUUUUUCAAAUAGGAGUGGUAAUUUUGGUAUCUGGCUACAGACUCAAAGCAUGCUUUUAUUUCACUUGCCUCUGAAGAAUCAUUUCUCAAUGACUUGUUUGUAAAAUAAAUCAAUCAUUUGGGGAGAUAAACUAAAUAAUAUUUUCUUGUGCUCCUGUGGCUACCUGGGUUAAAAACAAUUUCAUUUCUUGUUUUAUCAUGUAACGUUGUUUUGGAGGGAAUGGCUUCAAACUGAAAGAGAGCAGGUUUAGAUUAGAUGAUAGGAAGAGAUUCUUUUCUAUGAGGGUGAUGAAGCACUGGAACAAGUUGCUCAGAGAAGCUGUGAAUGUCCCAUCCCUGGAAGUGUUGAAGGCCAAGC